CGGGGCCGGGCCGGGGUGGGCGGAGGUAGUGUGUGUCCUGGCGGCAGCCAUGGGGCCGGCGGUGCUGAGCGGGCUGCCCUUGGCCCUGGGCUUGGCCCUGGUGCUGCCCUCGGCGGCCCUGGAGAACGGUCUGGCGCUCACCCCCCCCAUGGGCUGGCUGGCCUGGGAGCGGUUCCGCUGCAACGUGGACUGCCGGGCCGACCCUCGCAACUGCAUCAGCGAGACGCUGUUCUUCGAGAUGGCUGAUCGCCUGGCCGAGGAUGGCUGGAGGGAUCUGGGAUACAAGUACAUCAACAUUGACGACUGCUGGUCUGCCAAGAAGCGGGAUGCGGCAGGACGGCUGGUGCCCGACCCCGAGAGGUUUCCCAGGGGGAUUAAAGCUCUGGCUGAUUACGUUCAUGGCCGGGGCCUAAAGCUGGGCAUUUACGGUGACCUGGGCACACUCACCUGCGGGGGCUACCCGGGCACCACGCUGGACCGCGUGAAGCAGGAUGCCCAGACCUUUGCAGAGUGGGGUGUGGACAUGCUGAAGCUGGAUGGGUGCUACUCAUCAGGAGAGGAGCAGGCAGAGGGCUACCCAGAAAUGGCGAGGGCCUUGAACGCCACGGGCCACCCCAUUGUCUACUCCUGCAGUUGGCCAGCAUAUCAGGGGGGGCUCCCCCCCAAGGUGAACUACACCAUCCUGGCAGAGGUCUGUAACCUGUGGCGUAAUUAUGACGACAUCCAGGACUCCUGGGACAGUGUGCUUUCCAUCCUGGACUGGUUCUUCGCAAAUCAGGAUGUCCUGCAGCCAGCAGCUGGCCCUGGCCACUGGAAUGACCCAGACAUGCUCGUCAUUGGAAACUUUGGCCUUAGCUACGAGCAGUCACGCUCCCAAAUGGCCUUGUGGACAGUGAUGGCAGCUCCGCUCCUCAUGUCCACGGAUCUCCGCACUAUCUCCCCGAGCGCCAGGGAGAUCCUGCAGAACCGCCUGAUGAUCCAGAUCAACCAGGACCCCCUAGGAAUCCAGGGGCGCAGGAUUGUCAAGGAGAAGUCCCUCAUCGAGGUGUUCCUGCGCCCACUGUCCCAGGGUGCCAGUGCCCUUGUCUUCUUCAGCCGGAGGGCAGACAUACCUUACGUCUACACCACCAGCCUGGCCAAGCUCCAUUUCCCUGAGGAUGCUGUGUACGAGGUACAAGAUGUAUACAGCGGGGAGAUCAUCAGAGGCUUGAAGACAGGGGACAACUUCUCGGUCACUGUUAACCCCUCGGGGGUGGUGAUGUGGUACCUUUACCCUGUGGCACAGCCCUGGCGCAUUGUCAGACAGCAAGCCCCCCGCGAGGGUUUCCGCCCGGUCCUCCUGUGACGGGGCUCAGCGGAUGGGGGUGUGGGUCUGUGCCACAGUGGGCUGUGAGAUCCUGCCUGGGGCAUGUGGCUCUUCCCAGCACAAGUGCCUUUCGGUGGUGUGCCCAGCAGUGCUGGGAAUGACCGUUGCUCUGGUACCAGCUUGAUGAUGUCUGCUCAGUCUGUGUCAAGCAGGAAUUCUUGUUGCCACUUCCUAAUGGUGUGUGGAGCAUAGUUCCUCAGUGAUGGCAAAGCCUUCUGCGGUCCUCCUGUGGAAGAUUCCAUACAAGCAGAGCCCAGCCACUGGUUUAGUUCAUCAGCUCUGACACCUGAGCGUUUCUCUGCUUCAGGCUGGGUACCACUGACUGUUGUGAGGCUGUUUGAACUAAACCUGUAGGAAGGGUUUGGAUGCUUUUGUAUCUUCUAGGGUAGUGAUUCCCCUCCCUCCAUGCGUGAUAGAUGGCAAUAGCUUCAAGGAUCAGACCCUAGCCACCUUCUUUUCUUUGCUAUAAUCAGCUUGGCUUAGAAUAAGGGGCUGUCAAUAGGACUGCACCCUUCCUGUGUACCCAUCCCAGGACCAGGAGCUCCUGGAGACAUGAUGGUCCUGUGCAGAGUCUUUGCAAGUCUGAUCUGGGCUUCAGCAGCCUGGAGGCUGGCGCUACUGCAGCCUAGCAUGCAUGCUAGCAUUGUAUUAAAGCUCCUCUGGAAUCAGUGUACUGCAGAGCAAAAACCUCUACUGACCAUGCACAACCUCAGCAGCCUUGCAGUGGUACAGCCCCAGGAGCUGCAGGGUGUUGUGCACAAGCGGUGUAGGGAAGAUGCUGACGCUCAGCUGACGGUGUCUCCUGAGCUGGGAGAUAGCUACAUGUGCUCCAAAAUGAAGCUGCAUCCUGUUCUUGAUCUGGCAGGAAAUUCCUGCUAAAAGGGGGCUCAGGGCCUCCUGCAGCAGGCUGGACACUCAGGGUUUCUCAGGGAAAGGCUCCUCCCAAGGGCAGCUACAUCCACAGCUCAAUUCUGAGAAGGAGCCUACAGUAAUAAAUUGCAAGUGAACAGUGGGACAGACUCAAAAGCCCUCAACUGCUUCACCUUUGUACAGCGCACGUCCUAUGGAGGAGUUUGAGGUGAGACAUGGCCUACCCCGACUGUCCUGGAUUUUAUGACUGCAGCAUUCAUGAAGACUUCUGCUUAAGAUUGCAGCCCAAGGAGACAGACACAAGAUGAAACCUCAGACUGGGGAAACACCACAUUUUAGAUCAGUAAAACCAAGUUUCCCCUUUCUGUUCAGAUGCUGGAGGGCUCCUGGUCAUCCCCCAACUCUGGUUCCUGCAGGACCAAAUGGCUGGUUCUGGCCAAUUCCAGAAAUGUUCUCUGAGUGUAGCAGCAAAAUAUGGAACGUGAUGCUUGCAGUGCCAACAAGAAAGGAUGAGCACACUUCAUGUCUACGUACAGGAGUUGGCUUGGUUCUUGGGGAGUGAUUGAGACAAAUUAAUUGAAAUAAAGGGGAAGCGGGCCCCAGGCUCUCUCAUU